UAGUGAAGGUUGUUCUGUCUGGAAGGAUCCUAAUCUGGUUUGGGAAGGUGAAGACCGCUGAAAUUUCCAGGCUGCCCGAGGCUCUAUCUUCCACCACCCAACGGUUCUUUUACAGUGGCUCUGAAAUGAGAGAAAUUGGAGAAAUUCUCCCUGCUCAGGAAAAGGUAGAGGCAAGGACUGACUUAAAGAUGAGUAAGAAGAGUGCUAAUGAUCAUAAGCCAAAUGUGGACAAAGUAAUUAAAAAUAUUAACACAAUUUCUUUGGAGUUGAAGAAGAUAAAAGAGCUCUCCCAGUUACUGCUUUGUGACCUUAUCCUACAUUUUAAUCAUCCCAUCAAGACUGAGAACUUAACAGAAGCAGAAAGAAAACAACCCCCUCUUUGAAGAGUCUAAAAUAUCAGAUAUAUCCCUUGUUUCUAACAGUUUUUCUGCUGAUUUCUUAUUUGUUAUGAGUUUCUGUUUUUAUUGUUGAAGUAACAAAUAUUUGGGAGAGUUGAGUUUACUAAUUUGUAUAUGUAUAAUUUAAAACAAAAUAAAAAUAAUGUUGUAAACAAGCA